UACACUGAAAAGAAAUCACAGAAGGAUUAUGGAGAAGAAUCUAGAGUACAAGUUCUGGUAGGAAAAUGACUCGCCUGGCACGGGAGCAGGCGUUACGAGCCAUGUCUCUGUGAGACCUCCAGAAUUAAGAGCAAAUGCCUGGAGAAGUCCAGUUGCACAGAGCAGCGCCGCAGCUCUUGUGAACCGCGGGCAUCGACGCCUCUCAGACUUGCUCCUCUGGCCCGAGCACUCUGCCAGCGUUUCCUACCCCACGAAUGGCUACUCAGAGGAAGCACUUGGUGAAAGAUUUCAAUCCUCAUAUCACCUGCUAUAUCUGUAAAGGCUAUCUCAUCAAGCCAACUACAGUAACUGAGUGCCUCCAUACCUUUUGUAAGACUUGUAUUGUUCAACACUUUGAAGACAGCAAUGACUGUCCCAGGUGUGGCAACCAAGUGCAUGAGACCAAUCCACUAGAAAUGUUAAGGCUGGAUAACACCUUAGAGGAAAUUAUAUUUAAGCUGGUGCCUGGACUUCGAGAACAGGAACUGCAGCGAGAGAUUGAAUUUUGGAAGAAAAACAAACCUCAAGAAAAUGGACAAGAUGAAAGCCCAAAAGCUGAUAAACCCAAAGUAGAUGAGGAGUGUGAUGAAAAUGAAGAAGAUAAAGACUAUCACAGGAGUGACCCACAGAUUGCUAUUUGCCUUGACUGUUUACGCAACAAUGGGCAGUCAGGAGACAAUGUAGUCAAAGGUUUAAUGAAGAAAUUUAUCCGCUGUUCUACUCGAGUGACCGUGGGAACUAUCAAAAAGUUUCUCAGCUUAAAAUUAAAACUUCCAAGUUCUUAUGAGCUGGAUGUACUAUGCAAUGGAGAAAUCAUGGGGAAGGAUCAUACUAUGGAAUUCAUCUAUAUGACGAGAUGGAGACUAAGAGGCGAAAACUUUCGGUGUCAGAACUGCUCAUCUUCGCAAGUCUGCACACAGGAUGGCACUUUUUAUCAGUCUUACCCUAUGGUACUUCAGUAUCGACCUAGAAUUGACUUCGGUUAGACCAAAGGGCCAGAUCCCACUGAGAUGAAUCCUGCACUAUUUGUUUACCCAUCGACAGAUUGCACAAUGAAUGGAUGUGCCUGGAUUAGGGGGACACAACCAGAUUUUCAGCAUGCAAAUAAGGACAUUGUCAUUCUUAAAAUUGUCAGUUGCAUCUCUGUUGUUUCUAUUAGAGCAAGCCAAGUGCCAUUCUGCUACUGAAAUGUGCAUAAGAUAUUUGUGUAUCUUACGAGUGUGCUGCAAAUCAUAGCCAAAAUCAUGAAGUGUACAGUCAAGAUUCAAAAACUAUGGAAUAUUUUUGCUUGCGUGUUAGAAAAUUUUUCUGGUCCUAAUAUUGAUUACACUAGCAAAAUGGCAGAGUGCUCAUUCCAUGUGGUGUUGCAGUUUCACACACUUACUAUUUUACUGAAUAUUGUUGUUUAAAUCAUAGAGUACUGUACAAAUAACUAAGGAUUAUACCUUGAAAAUAUUUUGUAUAGAAAAUAUAUUUAGAAAAGUGGUGAUUGGGCCACUACCUUUUUCUUGAUAAGCUUCUCAUGGGUCCAGGUAUAGCUCACUCAUGAGUGUGCAACAGCCCUUUUGCAGUGAAUGAAGAUUAAUUACCUUUAACAAGAGAUGUGGAACACGGUAAUUCAAAACAGUAAUUUUAAGUCUUCUAAAUAGAUUCUGCUAAUAUUGCUUAAAAGCAUCACAGCCUUUGUGAUUGCACUUUUCUAUGGUUUCCCUAAAGAUUGGAAUUUGGGUUACUAGCUAUUUUUGGAAAAUGGCUUCUGGUCAGAUUACAUUUCUUCUAAUAAAGCCUCCGUAAAAAGGAAGUUAAAAAUAAUGUAAGUGUCUAUGGAACAACAAAUUUCACUGUAAGAUUCCAACCAAGGCAAAAUUUUACAUAAUUAUUGCCUUUCAUAGUAAGCAUUUCCUUUCAAGAUUGGUUGGAGGUAUAUAAUACGCUAAAACAAAAAUAAUAUAUAGCUUUAAUUACAUUAUAUCUCUCUCGUGACUAUCUGGAGUUUAGAAUUCAUUAUAGAAACUUUCAUUCAUACUUCCAUAAAAUCAGAGGUAAUGCAAUACUGAAGAUAAGCAGUCUGACCAAAAUAGUUGUUUGGGUCUUCUUUUUCCUAAGACCUGGUAGCGCUGGAUAAAAAGUGAUUGUUGCCUUAGGUAUUGCAAGCUUAACGGUUCUAGUAUAGAAUGUUUCUUGAGGUUUCUGGUAAUGUUGCAGGGAGCAUAGUAAUGCAUAUGUUUUCUGUAGUCUUCCGUUGUCUUUGCUCUGCUUAAAAGUCAGUUGAGUUUUUCACUUCAAGUUCUGUGGAGAUACUUAUAGUUCAGUACCUUUAUGUAAUUCCUACUUAAUACACGCCUGCUAGUAUUGUAGAUAACUGUUUACUUUCUUAUGCCUUUUGCAUAAGGAACCAAAUCAACUUUUCAGAAGCUACUAUAGAGUGAACUAAUCAUACUUAGAUAAGACAAAGUGAAAAUUCUGUCUUGGGAUCAAGUAUAAAAGAUAGAUGCAAGGCUGUUACUCCUUUGUGAAUUUUUUGUUCAUGUACAUUAGUAUGUUUCUGUAGGAGAAAGAAGCAUGUUGUGGAUUAAAUCUGGCCCCUUUAAUGUUAAGAGGAGUUCUAACAUCGGUGACUUGAGGAAUCCGUGUAUAGUCAGGUUAACUUCUACCAUUGCACUCCAAAGCCCAUAUGACAUGCAGAAAUAAAGAUGCUGUCAGUAGCAGUCUGUUUAGGAAACCUGCCAUUGCAGGUCAAGGUUGCACAUAUUGUGCAGAUGCCCGUGAACCUGGGGAAGCAAAACCUUUAGGAAGCUGCUGCUCCUUUCUGCAGGCAUAGCGUGCUGGCUGGUAUAGGCACUGGUUUGCCCACACUGUAGACGGGAAGGGGCGUACAUGCUGGCUGCAGGAAGCGGUCUUUGCCCACCCAGUCUGUGAUGUGCUACUCGACAGAAACGAGAAGAUGCUCCACGUAGGGAGGGCCCUUCCCCUCUGCCGUCUCUAGGGAAAAAUAGAUUCUUUGUGUAUAUAGAGGUCCUCCUCAUGGAGCAGCUUGGAAAAGCAGAGCAUGCAUUCUAACUGCAAAUCAUUCUUCUCUUUAGUAUAUACAGCUGUUUUCUACGGUAGAAAUAGGAUAUUAUUUGUAAACAUUUACAUGCACAUACAAAUGACACCUUACAGUUUUUAUAUAUUUCACGUGUUUUUAUACCAGAAUUUUCACUGUAGAUUCACUUGACGUAAAACGCCUGUUUCAGUUUAUCACAAAACUAAUGGUAGUAGACUUGAGCAUAAUUUCUGUUCGGUUCAGGGGACAAUUUUUUUCUCAACAGUUGCGCUUGCUGUUUUGACAAAUUUGAACAGACUUGUUUUAAAAAGAGAACACCGCGUUAUUUUUAAUCCAUUUGAAGUUAUCUUACACAGAAGUUUGCAUCCACCUAACAGGACCCCUGAAAUAGGACUGCUUUGUAUUGGCUUCUGAAUGGCAAGUAAUAGAAGAUUUUACUGUUUAAUGACUUUCUGUAUUCACAAUUCAGAGAGCCGUGAAUCCACUCGAUCAGAAUUGGACGUUGGUUUAAUUCGUGGUAUUUUCUUGAUGCAACUUAAAGCUGGAUUACAGGAGGCAAAUCUUCAUUUUAAGCAUGGAAAAUACAGACGGAUACGAUUUAACGUUCCCAGCCGAGAAUCAUGGCAUUAAAUGCAUGUGAUCUAGCCACCUACACUUUAUGCAUUUCUGAUUUGAUGGCACGGUGCCUGAGUGCCGUUAUAGUUUAAUAGUUUUUGUAGCAGUGAAGUGCCAGUGAAAUACAUAUCUUAACUGGGCAGCUUGUAUAACACAGGCAUAGCCUUCUUUACAGGAAAUUUCUCUCCCUUAUAGUACCUAUGUGCCAUGUGUCUACAGAUAUGCGUAUUUAAUUCGUUUGUGCCAAUUAAGAUCAUCUGAACAGCAUAGGAAUAUGAGAAUGCGUGUACAGAUUCCUGUGUGCCAAAGAUGGGGUAAAGUGAAAUGAGUACCUAAGCAUUCCAUUAAAACUGCACAAUAUGCCAUCCUAGAGCAGAUUGCUGUGUACAGUCACACUUUCUGAGCAUUUCCAUGACAAAGUGUCACCACUGCAUGUUUGUAAAGAAUAGGAAUAUAAAAUAAGUGUUGCUGCCACUGUGUUUCUAUGGCUUUCCCGUAUCGGCAGUGCCUAGCUGCAGAGGAAUAAGACCUAAAAAAUUUCGCGCUACUACCUAACCGUGUUGUCUCUUAUUUAGCACAUUUGGUGCCUUUUUUCUCCCCCCCCAAAAGUGAAAAAUUUGUAUCUGCUUUUAACUCUGGGGUAACUCAUUAAUGAAAGUCAUAAGCAACUCUGUUGAGCAUAGCUGUAUGCUGCAUUUGUCUAGUAACAAACUGUAAGCUAGAUUUUACAAGUGAGAUCCUAUAUCUCAAACAAUAUGGAAUUAGAUGAUUAAUCAAGAAAUGUAUCUUCCAUCAUGCAUUACUACACUGCUCAUAGCUAAGGGCCUAGUCCUAAAGCAUAUUUUUAUUUGGAUGAAAUACCAAAUAAGAUUACUACAAUAAUCUAAGUGACUCAUCACUAUAGUAGGUACUGUUCAUAUGAAAGCUUCUGGGAUUUGGAUCCUAGGAGUAUGCAGUGCUGUAAUAUAUUGUGCAUACUCAGCUAGCUUGCAGUUGUUAUGCAAAAAAAGUUUCUAAAAAGUAUUAUUUUGACUUUACUGAAAAUGUUAUAUAAAGCAAAGUGCCUGAUUAUUAAUACAGAAUACCUUUUAAGCCCAUUAUUUGCAUUUGGCAGGUAAUAUUUGCUUCUGUAUUUUAUCUACGGUCUUAAUAUUUUCAGCAAGAAUAUUUCAUAAACAUGCUGUAUUGAGAAGCUUUCUUUCAUGGGAAACACAGAAAAAGAAAUGUGUUUUGUUAGAUAAUUUAAAACUGAAAAAAACUAUCAGUAGAAACUAUAUGAAAAGAAUUACUUUUAUAUUGAAAUUAUUUCAUUUUCUGCGUGAGGAACCCUUGAAUUCUGGAUCUUGGUCUUUUUUCUCCUUAGGCUCCAACAAUUUGACGUGACUUUUCUCUUCUGCAGUUGUCGAAAACAGUUCCAGUAUAUCUGCAGGAGAAAAGAGAUUGAUCACAGUCCCUUUAGAUAUAAGCUAGGCUUUUGUCCUCCGCUGCAGACAAAGUGGUGGUCCAGAGUUCCAUCUCAUCUCUCCCAUGUAUAAUUGUUAGAUGUGACUUUGUGAGAGAAAUAAACAAUUUUCCUUCUCUGCUGUUUUCUGAAAUAACAAAAUAGGACAGUGUUUAGUCCUUUUAAUUGAACCAAUCACUGAGUUGUAUUGUUCCGUUUCUGGUUUUUUUACAUUUUCAUAUCACUGAAGAUACCAAGAGGUAUUCACUCCCCAGAAAAAAAUAUUCUUGGCAGGACUUGCAACAAAAGGAAUAGCAUCCAGCUCAGCCAGGUACUAUGUCUGGUAGAAAUAUUAGAGAACAGACAGUUGUUCAAAGCCAGUCUUAAGUCUCAAAAUAAACAGACUGAGCCCCAUUUAUAGAGGGGCUAGAUAAAAUACUGGUCAGUUACAUAGACCGAUGAAACUUGUUUUUAUCCUGGAAAAGAGCGAAGGCAGUUAAGACUUGUAUGCCUAUCCACAGCAAAUACAUAAACAUAGAGAUGCUCAAAUCAAGAGCUCGGUCCAGUUUCUUCACUUAACCUAGGCAGGUUGAAGGCAUCUGUUUGAUUCCAUCGAAAACACAUAUAUCGUGCAGGAUAUUCCCUUCUCAUUUUACUUCAUGCUAUGUUGUUUUAUCAUUUAUCUCAGUUAAAAAGUCUAUUCGGGCACCCUGUGUCCUGUAAUUAAUCUAGGUUCUGACACAUCCUUCGCCCAUUCUCAUACCCCACCCCAUUUCACGCCCAACAAGUAGAAACAUUGAGGAGUUAUAAAGGAGAAAUUGCACAUGUGGAAUCAGCUCACAGGUUUGGUUUGUCAGGCAGCUCUCAUGGAUUUCAGUACAGUUCUCACAGUUCUGCAUUCUGAAUCCUUUAUAGCCAGUUUGAACAAGGUAAUGCUUCCACAAGGUGUUCAGCUAAAGACACUUGGUUGAGGAAGGAUUGCAGUCUACUGGAGCAUGUUCCAGGAUGGAUACCAAGACACAAGGGGAUUGAUUCACCCUAAAGGAAAUGUGAAAAGCUUCCAACUGCUCAUUUACCACUAGUUUUAUCACAUAUGGGUAGUCUGGCCUUCAGACCCCAACUGAAACAUCUUUCUAUAGGAAUGUCCUCCAAAAGAUGAUCUUAGAAUGGUAAUACAUUUUUCUUCAUAAGCAGUUCUACCUGUUGAAUUAUUUUUUUAAACUACUGUCUAUGCUGUCUGUAGAUCGGAUUAAAACAUCAGAUUCUAGAACAGGAAAUCGAUUAAUUAAUGAAUUCCUGACACAUUCUUCCAUCCAAGGUACGUGCCAUAAAUCUUCUGAAUUUGGGUAGCUUGCUCCUACAGUUGAGUAAGGACGUUGUUUCAUUCUCUAGUAAGCAAUUUAGGUCCGUGCAGUUCUGGAGUGUGGCAGUGAAACGGAGGAGCUCUAUAGAUGGGUGGAAAGAUCCAGGCUACCUUUUGUACUUGCAGAAAGAGACCCAGUUCUGUAGGCUCAGGAUGGAGGAGGCAUUCUGGAAUGAAAGAUGUCUGCAAGUGGAAUUUUUUGUAAUUACAUUAAUUUUAAGCAAAGAGAGGCAUUAGUUUGACUUUGCAUGUUUAUCUGAACCAUUAGGCAUACUUCUCUUUGAAGUAACUUUUACGUGUAUUUUUAGCAAACGCUUCUAACAAGGUUUAAUAGUGUGACAGUUGACAGGAUGAGGUGAACAGAAGUAGUUACUGCGCAUUUUCCUUUUUCCUCAUGACAGCGAGUGGAAAGCAAAGUAAGAGUUGAGAGGAGGUUGCUAUACAAAAUUGCUGCAGCAGUAAAACGUUUGUGCUGCUAGUUAACAUACUGAGGUUUGUAUUAUAAAUGAAGUUGUAAUAAAGAUGUUUAUUAUCAAAGUGCGAGGCACAUAUUUUAUGGUGGUAUUCUACUCCUAAAAUUCUGGUUUGUAUUAUAUUGAGUAUAGUAGACAUUGUUGCUGUUGUCUCAUGAAUUUUGAUGCGGUAAAAUGAAACAUGCUCCCUUUUUACUGAAAAAUACCACAUACUAAUUGAUUUAAAAUUACUCUUUGUUGUCAGAUAUUUAGUUUGUUCAUAAUUUUUUUUAAAAUAAACUAUUUUUAUGGAUAAUCUGAUUGCCUAAUAGUUUUAAGGGACCUAUGUCAUACCAAAGGUAAAGCCACUCAGAAACUGACUUGGAAUAAGGCAUUGACACUGUUCUGGAGUGCAGUGGUCAAGAGUUACACCUGGAAUCAGUCAAGCAGAACUUAACUGGUGGUAGCUGUCUGUCACCAAGCUAAAGGGUUAGGCACACCCAGCAGUUUCCAAAACAAAACAGAAAAGGAAAAAACCAGCAGGAGUAGCAUAAAGGUUGCGUUAACAGACCUAGAGUAGCUCUUUGAGUCAUAGCUCAUGUUCACGAAGAAAAGCACAAAGGCUUGCGUUACUGAUGUGUCUGCUAUACCUGGCCUGUGAACUAAUAAAAAACUUCAGUGUGCUGUCAAUCCUGUAAACCUUCCAAAGCACAAAAUAUUCACCAAGCUACUGUUGGGUUUUCUAGUUGUAGUUCAGUGAUAUUUUGGAGGGUGGAAAGGACAGACUUGGAGGAUAAUGAGAAGAUAUUAAGUAUGUUUUACAGAUUUUUAUAGAUAUUUUUUUAGCAAAUGGCAUUGCUGUCCUUGACGUGAGACCAUUGAUUAGCAAGAAGUCGAUUAUUUUACUUGUGCAGUAUAAAACGGAAAGAAUAAAGAAAUCCAAAUAUCUUGAUUUCCUUUGCCAGGAUAGUGAUUAACUAAACUGGAAAGUAAUAGGACAAUUUAAUUAUUUAGCUGACUGAAAUAUUUCAUUCUAAAAACUUACCGAUCGUAUUUUUUUUUUUCUCAAAUGCAAGCUUCUUAGAAUAAACACGAAGCAAUGCAUCGGUUUUUUCCCUUAUUGCAGACUUAACUAUCGAAAGGAAAAUAUUUUGCAUUUUUUUAAAAUUAAUGCAAAGCCUGAAUUGUUGGAUGUUCCAGGCUACUGAAUAGAUGAUAUAGAGUUACUCUCAAUGGAUUUUUUUUUUGGGAUGGGGGCCUAAGUGUCCUUAUAUAAGCUGUGAUCCAAGUUAUGGUAAGAAAGGAGCCUAUGGUGAGCAGUAAUAAUGUUCUAAUGCUUCCUUGCAUUUGAUCAGUGGUUACCAGUUUUUAAUAUAACAGCCCUCACAGUACUUAGGAGCUCAUAGAACAUAUUGUGAUGUUAUGUUGCUAAUUUGUUUUAAAAUAUGAAAUGUUUUAAGCUUUUUGUCAAAAGUGAUAACAUCAUAUUACAAAUAAACCUUUUUGUGGUUGUAAAAUUUAGCUUAUAAAUCAUUCAAAUUGAAGUGAAAAAAACACAGGUCAUUGUUAAUGACAGUCUAUCCUACUAUUAAGAAUAUAUGUAUUUUUGUAAAGGAAAAGCACUUGUAGAUAUUUAAUCAGUCCAAUAUCUAUCUAUGUUAAUGUUUUGGAAAAAAAGAAAACAAAAUGCUGCUUAGAGAAUCACUUACAUAUUUUUAUUUUUUGUGCUCAAAUGCAUUUUCUGUUGAUUUAUGGAAUGUUUAUUCUGUGUGAAGCUGUAUAGUUAGUACAGCUGGGCUAAAUGCAUUUCUUACCUUAACUUAAUCAAUUGUAUCUGACUAUGAUAAUAUAUUUUCUGUCCGAUCAGGAAGAUAAUUGCAAAACGUAGACUGGUGGUGCUGGUUUUCAUCUUUGAUAUUAGCUUCAUCCUGCCUUAUAACAUUUCCACUUGAUUAUAAAAAAUACUAAUAAUUUUUUUGUGAUGUUUGUGUUUUAAUGGAUGUUUCAGGGUAUAUUUGCUUAUUCAGUUGAAUUUUAUUAUACUUAUAGACAUUUUUAUAAAAUGGUGACAGAAUUUUAUGUACGGUAUUUUAAAAAGCCGUUCCCUGGAUGAAAAAGUAUGCCAGGUUAGUCAAGUUUAAUACUUACUUUCCUCCAAAGGAAUCUACUGCUGGGUACAUGCAUGGAACAUGAUUGCAUCACUAAAGUUUCUGAGCAUUUGUACAAAUAGUAUUUUUUAAAUUCAGAGUAACUCAUUUCUUGUUAUAUUUUGCAGCUGUUUGAAACCUCACUCUUAACCGUAUGUUGAUUCAACAUAGCGCAUUAACACAGUUUCAGGAGGAAAAAACAAACAGUAAAGCAAAGAAUUUUAUUAAAGUACGGUAAAGAGUGGUGACCACCUUUGUAGUUAUUAGCGUACAAUCCAAAAUCUAUUUACUUAUUUCAGUGGGAUUCUACAGGGGUCUACUCCGUGGGCCUGAUGCCGAGUUAAGCUCUUCAGCUCGCCCUCGGUGGAGCUACUUUCUUUAAUCAUCCUUGUAGCUAAAACUUGAAACGACCCAGAGUUCCCACUUCCUCACCGAAUUCCCUUACGUGGGUGGCUAAUAUUGUUUAAUCUCAUUAUAUUAACCUUCCCGUAAAUAAAUAAGUUUUCCGACAUUGAGUUGUGUACCCUACCAGUAGAAUUCAGUGUUAAAACUCAGCUGAGUAAAUACUUGCAUAAUUGUCAAACUGGGAGAGAAUUUCACUCAGACUAUGAACACUUGUAAUGCCACUGUCUCAUUAAUCCGCAUGCUUCACAAAGAUCUGCAAGUGAUCAGGUUUGGAUGUGUUUUCUUAUUUGAAUAUUGUCUAUUUUUAUAAUUUUUAAGAGCUAAUUUCUGUAUUAAUUCAUUGGGGGUCAACAUCUCAGGGUCCACAAAGUAGCAGUUUAAAAACAUAAAUCCAUUUGAGCUGAGUGCAAUACCAGUAUUGCAGUCUUGUAUCUUUUAAAGAACCAAAUAUGUUGUGUUUUGAAGUAUUUAAAAAAGCACUGUAAAUUUCACCCAGUUCUACCAAAGGAAUGGGGUUUUUUUAAUCUGCGCUAAAAUCCUUCGAAGCUGGGUGUGGCCCUGGAAAAAUGAGACGCCUGUAACUGAGUUAGCACUAGUGAGCAACUUUACAAUUAAGUAAGGGAAGUGCUGGUACUAGGGUUUUUGGGUUUGG